UCACUGAAAACACGGAGACGAACGGGCGGGCCGAAAAAAAGCCCGCGGGUGCUGAAAAGUCAACCGAAGGGCAGGUGAUCAGGGAGCCGAGAGAAACAUCGGCCGCGUCCGGGACAGAACUUGAGCAAACAUCGGGAGCAGAUGAGGCGGUUAGAACAAAUGCUGAGCAUGCCUCCAGAAUCGGAAUCCAAUACAGCGGACACUGCUGAAGCGAUACCAGAUUUCCAAAAGCCACGCCCCGAAGUCCACACUCAUGAAGCUCAAAAUGGCGAUGAAUCGGACCAUUUAAAAACUGAAGACGGGCCGACUCAUCCAGAAAUCCACGCCAUUGAUACCAACUCAGUUGCGGAAGAGCCUGUUUCCGUCGAAACAAACCGUUCUCAAACUGGGGGUGGAGAGAUGCCGUCGGAAACAAACCUCGCUCCCUUGGAAAGGGAAACCGCGAGUGAGGCAAGAGAUGUUCGGCCCGAACCCGAGACGAAACCACCUGAAGAGGUUCACGCUACUCCCGAUGACUACGAGGCAUCAAGCCCAGAAGUCUUGAAUAUCGAACCAGUUGAAACAACCCACGAUAACCCGUCUACCGAAGCAGCUGGACGCGAGGUUGAGGAGAACAUCGAAGUUAACAGUUACGUGCCAGAAACUCAGGGAACCACCCCAACUUUUAUUUCAACAGACUCAUUUGCUGAGGGAAAGGGUGUUGAUGCCUCGGAGAAAGGGUAUCUAGCAGUAUCGGAAGACACCCAAGUUCAAGGGGCCGAUGAUGAGAAUGUAUCUUUGGCCGAAAUCCCCGAGACUACCCAAAAUAAUAGAUAUAGUGAAGCUGCAAUAGACGGACGUAAUAUUGAGGAAGCGUCGGAGCAUGAAGCUGAGCAUGCAACACAAAAGCCGACACAUCCAAAUGAAACUGCAGAGCAUGAGCCGAAAGUCGACUCGGUAAAGGAGCAUCUGGACGAAGUUAAAGAGCAUGCCAACGAGAAACCGAGCCUUUCGACUUCAGACGCCGACCUUCUUGUUGAAGAACAAUCAAUACCAGACGAGGAAUCUUAUGUUCCUGUUGAGCUACAUCAAGAGGUUCCAGAAGGCGGCCCAAAGUUGGAAAAGUUGCAAGACACCGAGGCGCAUGCGGAAAGAAAACGAAACGUCGCUACCAGAUGAGAACUCUGAAAUGGAUGAUGAAGCUCCCGAUCAUUCGUCGCCUGCUCUCCCAGCGGUUGCAUGGUGGGAGAAAGAAAGACAUGCUACGACUCCAGCCCCAGGGAACCCCAGUGAGUCGAGUUGGCUUUCGAGGUCUCCGCCUCGAGACAAGGAUAUUAGCAUUGCAGAAGAGCCCGAACCCCAAUAUGUCGACUCACAGUACUCACUCCAAGAGGGCCACAAAGCCCCUAAAGACAACCUUUGGACAAGCUAUGACAAGCAGAUUGAGCAGGAAGAAGAUCCCAAAACCGAGCAAUCAACAAGCUCUGACAAUCCUUCUCCAGUAUUCAACAGGGAACACGGUGAUGAAAUUCCACACCUCUCAGAUAUUGACAAAGAACUUGACGACUCGGGGCACACGGUAGAUGUUGCAGGCAAAGCUGAGGACACUGCUCAAGAUUCUGCAAACGAGGUCCCA